AUGGCAAACCUAAGUAGGGGUUCAUGGACAUGCCGCCACAUUUUGAAUAUAAUUAUACCUCUCUCUUUUGCCAUUGGGGUACACAUACUACGAAGCAAAGCGAUGGUUCUCCUUUUCUCGCUAUAUGUGGCGGUACGGCUAAUUACUUUUGUAUCCACUUCAAGUUUGCAAGAUAUACCCGCGCCACAUCCAAAAACACUACCUCGUGCCAUCGGAAACCAUAAAAAAGCUCAUGACGAUAAUGAGGAGCAACUUCUUGCUGAUUUCCCGGAAAUUUCAUUUGAGUUAGAUCAAAUUUUUGAUAAUGUUAUCCGGGACUUUGUAAGGUCAUGGUUCAAUUCUAUAAGUAGUAAGCCAGAUUCUCCAUUCCCUCGAGAAGUUAAGAGGAAUCUCAGGCACAUUACUCGAAGGCUACAUGAACUCGUUGAUAACGUAGAUUUAUCCGAGUUUCUCGUACUGAAAACACUGCCAAUAAUUACGAGACAUUUUACAACGUUUUGCACUUCUCGAGAAACAGUUAUCAGCGAUAAGUUGAUCGAAAAGGCCCAAAUAGAAGAAUUUCCCUUUGCCGUUGCAGUGGAGUUUAGUCGCAAUCUACAUCUCCACCCUGCUAUCCCCUUAGGGUCCAGCGGUCCUGGGGACUCUGUGGAAAAGUACUUACAAGCUAAGGCCAACUUUAUCCUUAGGAACAUAGUCGAUGAAGACGAACUAGAUUCCAAAUUUGUUCGCAUAAUCCUCAGAGAGAUUUUGACCUGCACCGUUCUAGCGCCCUUAGUACACAAACUUUCAGAUCCCGAUUUUUGGAACUUGAAAAUAGUUUCGUUUGCUACUGGAUUAUUGAAGGAGAGAAGCCAGGUUGAAGAGUUCCGUGCAGUUCUUUCUAAGGAAGUUCAAAGUACAAAAGACGACAUUGGCCCCACGGUUGACCAAAUGAACUCGAUUAUUGAGUUAAACAUUGAUGAAAAUAGCACAGAUAAAGAUUUCGAAGACUUUUUGAGACAGAUAAAUAACAGUCUUGAUUCUGUGCAUGCUUUAAAGUCUGCAAAAUUUUCAAUGAUGAUAAAGCUGAUCAGGCUUCUCGAGUCACCGAAUAUGACAAAGUCUCAACAAGAACUUAAAAAGAGAUUAUUAUUGUCUCUUAAUCUUAUUGAAAGCCGUCUUAGCUAUAUUACGGGAAAUUUCUCCAGCAAGCCGACACAAUUGCACAAUAAGCCCGUUACUCAACUUCGGGAGUUUAAAAAAUUCAUGAGAUCAAUUACCUUGGAGGACAUAUUAGGUGAUGAAUUUUGCCGAUCCAGCUUUGAUGAGUAUUUGCUUUGCACUAACCCAAGUGGUAGGACUUAUUUGAGCUUCUGGACAGCGGUAGAAAGUAUAAGAAAUCCCUUAGAAGACCCCGCUAAUGAAGAACUUGCAAUGGAUGUAUCAGAAAAUGGAUUUGUUGACCUUCAAAAUGCGUAUCAAGAAUUCUUUACCGGAAAGAACUUUAAGCUAAUGACAUUAUUAGGAGCCGAUUAUGUCAAUGAAAUUGUUGAGUAUAUGCGACUUUCAAGGAUUCUAAAAAGAGAAGAAUUGAUAAGUUAUUAUUUUAAGGCGAGAAAAAGCCUCCUGCUGCUUCAAAUAGAAGCCUUCAAGGCUUUGGAGGAGGCAUAUCCAAAAUUCCAAAAUUCUAGCAUGUUUCCUCAAAUGAUUGCUGCGUCAGAAUUUCAAAAAACAGAACCCUUCAAAAAAUACAUCAAUAGCUCACAUCAGGUUACUGCUCCUAAAGAAGAUUUAGAUAAAAAGCUUCAAAGGGUGAGAAUUGAUGGGAACGGCGACAUUACAAAAGCGCUGGAUGAUAUUUUGGAAUCUAAUGUGAGAGAUAAGAGCAUCACGAAGCCGAAAGCUAAGAAAUCUUUUUCAAGUUUAUUUGGGAAUAAUGAGGAUAAAGAAAUUUUCAAGAACAACUUAUUUGAUGAUAAUUCCAUAACUGAAAGUGGUGAUAGUGAUUCGAAUGAUUCAAUAGUAGAGGAUAACGAUACUAUGCGAAACUUUGACGAAAACUUUGAGAAUGAAACUCAAAAAGAAAACCUUUCAGAUAGUCAGCAAUUAGAGUUCAGUGAUCUUAAAGAUAAAAUUGCAGAGAUGACAAUAUCUAUCGAUCUUUUGAAGAAACAAUUACUUCUUUUGAAUCAUCUAAUCCUGAAAGCAGAACUCACCAACAAGUCUUCACAAUUGAAGUUACUUCGCAAAUCAGAGAGGUCGGUUUCGAAGGAAUUGGAAAACAAGGAAUUACUGCGACAGCAGUACAUUGUUCAAGAGAACGCUAAUAGUCUCUUUGGAAAGUGCAAAAUAUCUAUUCGAUCAUAUCUUACAGAUACAAGUGCAGAAAAUGGAAAAGAAGUGGUUUAUUACGUAAUAAAUGUCUGCCAUUUUAAUAACAAUGAGACCAGCUGUUGGGACGUGCCUCGAAGAUUUAAUGAGUUUUACAAGCUGAAUGGGUAUCUGAGAAAAAACUACGGGCCACUCGUUAAACAUUUACAAAACAAGGACUGUUUUCCGGAAAAGGUUAAGAUAUCGUUAAUAUAUCACGUUUCGAAAAGCUUACUCUAUGAAGAGAGAGUGAUGAAACUCGAAAUCUUUCUUCGUAGGUUACUUAUUAUACCGGAGAUUUGCCAAGAUAGAGUUUUUCGGAGGUUCCUCACCGAUACAUUCACAUCAUUUGACGUAGAUGGUGAAGCAAACGAUGCUGAAAAAAGGCACUCACUUUUAUCUCGAAUUGAAUCAAUCCCUUCUAAAAUGGGCAACUUGACAGUUAACAAUGGAACUGAUAUUCUAGUCGAUAGUCCUCUGAACUCUGGGGAGCACGCGUACUCUGAUGUUGGGAGAGAACUAGAGUUUCUUGAAGAUGAACGAAACUUCUAUAACGGCAAUGCUAGUGAAAAAAAACUUUCAUUUGUGAAGCCAAUUUGCGAUUUUUCAAUUGCAUUAUUUUCAUUGAAUAACUCAAACACGGGCUGGCUGAGAGGGAGAGCUAUUUUAGUGGUACUGCAGCAACUUUUUGGGAGCACCAUUGAAAAAUACAUCAAAAUAUCGCUAGCCAGAGCGACUUCUGAAGAAAGAAUCCUCGAAGUUAUUUCAACGUUCAGAUCUUCAUUUUGGACUGAUGGCUAUUCCAAGCAAAGCUCACCGAAAUCAGAUCAACCGCUUAGGACCAGCGGUGAAAUUAAAAGAACUGAGAUGGAGGCCAAGAAAAAACUAGAAAAAUUGCUAGUAGAGACUUGCGGAAAAGUAGUGGGCAUCAAAAAUUCCAGAAAAGCAGGGAUUAAGAUGCAUGCAAUGUUUCAAAAUCAAUACUUGAAUGCCAGCUUAACGCUACAAAUCUUAGAUUUACUCAUUGAUGAGCUUUUUCAACAAGUUUAA